UCUUAAUUUGCCUAUUAGAAUGCCGUUUUAUUUAAUAUUAUAUCUGUGUUUACUAAAAAAAAACAACGCAAAACGGAAGGCAUAGCCAUAGGUUAUUCUUACUAGAUUAAGUUGGACCAGGAGGAGAUAGAUCUACUUUCACUCGGUUACCCACAGUCAUCUUAUGUCUUGUAAUUGUAUAGCCUACUUCAAGUUCAAAUGUCAAGUUUAUUAACAGUUACGUAUAAAAAGCGAAGAACAAGAAAGAAAGAUGCAAGUUGUAGUUCAGUUACCAGAGACAAAACUUAUUCUACGACCUGUUGUUUUUGUUUGAGUAACAAAGAUAAAGAGGAGGAGUUUGGAAAAUUGAUCCGAAAAAAUGGUUUCACAGUUCAUUAUUUCUGUUUGUUAUUUGCUAGUGGAUUAUGUCAAAGAGGUAGAACUGAUAAAGAAGGAAUAUUUGGAUUUUUGUCUCCAGAUAUUGAUAAAGAAAUAACACGGGGAUCACGUCUGAGGUGUGAAUAUUGUAAAAAUGUAGGAGCUACAAUCGGAUGUGUUGUAACAUCUUGCCGUAAAAAGUUUCACUUGGUAUGUGGAAUAGAAAAUGGCUCUCUUCAUCAGUUUUAUGAUACAUUCAGAUCAUUUUGUUCAGAUCAUAGACCACAUCAAAGUGAUGUUAAAAAGGGGAAAAGUAAAACCGUUGUAUGUCCUAUGUGUAUGUGUAAUGUAACAGCAUCUUGUUCUAUAACUACUAUGAAAUCUACUUGUUGUAAAAAUGCUUGGUUUCAUCGAAACUGUAUCCAGAGAUAUUCACUGUCAGCAGGUCUACAUUUCUUUAAAUGUCCAAUGUGUAAUGACAAGAAUAAAUUUCAAUCAGAAAUGUUAGAAUUUGGUAUUUAUAUACCUGAUCAGGAUGCAUCAUGGGAAACUGAACCAAACGCCUUUAAUGAACUUUUAGAAAGACAUAAUCGAUGUGAUGCUGAUAAAUGUAAUAGUCCGUUAGGUCGAGAACAUGAAAAUGCUAGUGGUAAAUGGGAACUUAUACUUUGUGAUUAUUGUGGAUCACAAGGUAGCCAUGUUGGUUGUGACGGACUGUAUCCUAUAAAUAGAAAAGACCAAAUUUGUCAAGAUUGUUGGGACAUAAAUCUAAAAGCUGAAAGUGAGAAAAAAACAGGAAAGAAAACAAGCACAACAAAAACUAAAAGUCCUAUUUCUAAAAGUUCAAAAAGAAUACAGUUAACAGAUGCUCAAAAGAAAAGGAGACAGACUGAAUUACAAAACCAGUGUCCAUCUGAUAAAAUAAGUGUUUAUGUUACACCAUGUGAUACAGAUGUUGAUGUUUAUGAGAGAUCUGAUGAAGAAUAUCAUCUGACAUCAUCUAUAGAACAAUGUAGGAAACGACAAAGACUCUCACUAAACAGAAGUAGAGGUAGUUCUGUUACAGCUAAUAUAACAUUAACUGAUGAUUCAUAUGGACAUAGUUUGACUGUCUCAACUAGCAGUUCUAAUAGCAGAGUCUCUGUUGCUAGUAGUAACACAUCUACAGCCUACUUUCCGAAUUUUACAUCAUCAAUUGAUCACAGUCCACAUUCAACAUCUGAUUCAGACUCUUCUGAGAGUUAUUCUAUAAGUGAUGUUACUGAUUUACCAGAACGUAAGAGCUUGACUAUAACAUGGAGAGGUAAAAAAAUUCAUAUCAGUAAACCUAAAUCUUCAAGAGACAACAUUGAAGAUAAAGAAGAUGAUUGGACAUUAAAGUUGCAAAUGACUGAUAGUGAGGAUAGCGAUGAUGAAAGAACUAAAUCUAGAUCAAGUUCGCAUCAUUCUAGAUUUGAUGAUCUCGAUACACCACCAGUUUUAGUUCCAAUUGAUGAAGAUGUAUCAAUUAAAUGUAUAUCACCAAAUUACGAUAGCAAACUACCGCCUACUCUAAGUAGACAGGAAGGUCACAAUAAACGUUUAUUAACUUCGAAAAAUAAAUGCAAAUACAGUGGCAGUGAUGAUAGAUUUAAUCAAGCUUGUAAAACACUAGACGAGGUAGAAGUUGACAAACUUGUAACUACUAAUUUACCGGUUUAUUUUAACAAAUCUGUUAAUUCUACACCUAAUCCAUCAUCAUCUUCAAUUUCAGUCAUUUCUAUCAGUAGCUCUGAUUCGGACAAUGGUGACCUUCAACAGACCAAGCUUAAGAAAAAUAAAUAUUUAUCCCAUCUAGGAACAAAUAAUCAUGUAGAUUUGACUAACUCAGAUUAUCAUUCUAUUAUAAGACAUACACCACCACACUUGGAAUUACCAGAAGUUGUUAUAUUGGAUUAGAUCCACUAUAAACUUAUUUUUAUCAUGGCAUUUUUAUAAGCCCACAUUGAAAUAUGGUUGUAUAUGGUCGUCACCCGAGUCUGUCGUCUACAAUUGCCUUAUGGAAACUCUACAAGAUAAGGUUAUCAUUCGAUUGCUUUGAAAAUUUUACACAGUGUUUAAGUUUAUGGCAGUCAGAAUGUUUCUGAUUUAUUUACCAAUUUCUAAUAAUUGCUGUCAGAGUUAUGGUACUUGAUUAAACAUGCAUUAUGCAAGAGGUAUAUCUGCGUAUUGCAGGUCUUUGUUUCAGCCUAAAAUGUUAUAUAAAUUAUUAAUUAGACAUUUAUUAACAUGAAAAGAGCAUAAUCAACUCUCGAUGACAUCUUAUGUGUCCGAUUUUCUAUGGAUUUGAAUCCGACCUGCUGUUCAGCGUCCAUUGAUGAUUAAACAAAAAAAUGGAUAAUCGAGACUUUGUCAUCGUUGCUGCUGUCACAAUAAUUAACAAUCGAGGCUACAAUGAUUUUAAAAUAAAGUUUUCUCGGAUUAAUGUGAAGCAAUUUGACUGAAAUAUUCAGCAUAUUCCCCUUACAUUAUCUGGUUUUUAACUAUUAUAGUGAGAAGUCUUCCAUAAUGUAUCUUUAAUUCGAAAGAUCUUGUGGAUGCUCUAUAGACUAAGUUAUCAUCCGAUUGACUUAACAUUAUGAGACGUAAAAGCCAAUUUUUAAAGAUAUCUGAUAUUUACUGUCAAGAGCUAUGGUAAUUGAUAAAUUUUUAUACACCCAAAUUAUGUGUGGGUGUAGUAUGUCGUCAUCCACGUGAGUCCGGCUGGCCGUCCAUCAACAAUUAGGGCAGUAAUGUGAUAGAGGUUACAUUUCAUUGUGGGCAUAUUAUGACUGUCGGUCUUUCCGUCAAUCAAUUGGCUUGUGAACCGGAUAGAGGCUGCUGAUUAUGACAGAUUCUUUUCAAAUUUGCUGUGAAUCAUCGUGGUCAUUAGAGGAUAAACCCUAUCAAUAUUCAACAUUCUACGACCUUUCGUACCAGAGUUAUUCCCCCUUUUCCAAAACCCUUGUGAUAUAGGCUACAGUUCUCAACAUAUUUUUAUACAUUUCAUGUCUGUCAACAAUUGGCUUGUGAACGCGAUAGAGGCUACAGUUUUUGACAGAUUCUUUUCACAUUUAGUGUCAAGCACCGUGAUCAUGAGGGGACGGACCCUAACAAUUUUGAAUGUGAUAGAAGCUAUAGUUUACAACAUAUUCUUUUCAAGUCUGAUGUGAAUUGUCAUGGACUAACCCUAUCAAUAUUCAAACUUUUGCACCGUUCACAUAUAUUACCAUUACACCAUAAUGACGGUUGAGUUAAAUUUUGUGAAAAUUGGAACGAGACUGCUUGACAAAAUGACCGCUCCACGUAUGCAAAUAGUGCAAAAGUAUGUUAUAACAAGGAUGUGGCCCCUCAAGAGGCAUCAAUUUUUAUAUGCCCACAUUUUCAUGUGGACGUAUAUUGUCAACGCCCCUGUCCGUCCGUCGGUCUGGACGUCCGUCCGUCCACAAUUUGUUUGUGGACACUCUACCGGUCACAAUUCUUAUCCGAUUUUGACGAAACUUGAAAUAAAGGUUUAUCUCCAAAAGAUCUCGGCUGCUUUCGAUAUUGGCAUGUAUCGGGCCGUCCAUCAACAAUUAGGGCAGUAAUGUGAUAGAGGUUACAUUUCAUUGUGGGCAUAUUAUGACUGUCGGUCUUUCCGUCAAUCAAUUGGCUUGUGAACCGGAUAGAGGCUGCUGAUUAUGACAGAUUCUUUUCAAAUUUGCUGUGAAUCAUCGUGGUCAUUAGAGGAUAAACCCUAUCAAUAUUCAACAUUCUACGACCUUUCGUACCAGAGUUAUUCCCCCUUUUCCAAGGGGGUUGAGUUCAAAUUUUGUGAAAAUCGACCCAAAAUUGACAGACAAAAUGUCUGCCCUUUGUUCUCAAAUAGCGUAAAAAUAUGGUAUAUCAAGGUUUUGGACCCUGUAGAGGUCGCAAUUUUUAUCCGAUUGAAAUGUAAGUUUAUAACCCAAAGAUCUUGGUUCCUUUCGAUAUUCGUGCAUAUCGAACCGUAACUUCCUGAAUAAUGGCCCUGAUUGUACGAAAAAUCGCAUUUUUAGCUUGUGGACCCUACACCUACAGAGGUCAUAAUUUUUAUCCGAUUUAAAAAAAUGUAUUAUUAUAUCACUGUUACACCCUAAGGAUGGCAGAGUUCAAAUUUCGUGAAAAUUGGCCCAAAACUGACAGACAAAAUGGCCGCCCUUCGUUCUCAAAUAAGGGUAAAAAUAUGGUAUAUUAAGGUUGUGGACCCUAUAGAGAUCACAAUUUUUAUCUGAUUUUGUUGAAACUUGAAAUGUAAGGUUAUAACCCAAAGAUCUCGGUUCCUUUCGAUAUUCGCUUAUAUCGAAUUGUAAUUUCCUGAAUAAUGGCCCAUGAUUGUAGGAAAAAUAACUUUCUUUUUUAGCUUGUUCUCUAUCCAUCUCUCGAAAAUGUGGGUGUAUCCUGCCUGGCAGCCACUGGUUAUCCGAUUUGGAUGGAACUUAAAAUAUAUGUUUAUAUACCAAAUAUCUCAGUUCCUUUCGAUAUUCACGCAGAUCGGACAAUAAGUUUGUGGAUUAUGACCCCUGAUUGUACGAGUAACCGCGAUUUUAGCUUGUGGACCCUCUAGAGGUCACAAUUUUUAUUCGAUUUAAACAAAAAACAUUUAAAUGUAUCACCAUUACACCAUAAUGACAGUUGAUUUGAAUUUAGUGAAAAUCAGACCAAAACUGCCCGGCAAAAUGGCCGCUCCCCAUACUCAAUUAGGGUAAAAAUAUGUAAUGCCAAGGUUGUGGAUCGUAGGCGUCACAAUUUUUAUCCGAUUUUGAUGAAACUUAAAAUAAUAUGUUUAUAUCCUAACGAUCUGGGUUCCUUUCGAUAUUUGCACUCAUCGAUAUUUGCACUCAUCGGAUGAGUGUGGGGGGGAUGGGGGCAAUGAGAGGAUGAGCCCUGUUGAUUUCCGCCUUUCUCUGUCGAUCUCUUUCAAAAACCUUGUGAAUGUAAUAGAGGGUACAUUUUUAUGUGGACGUAUAUUGUCGUUCCCACUGUCCAGUGACCGCCCUAGACAUUCGCCAAUUCGCCAAUGGCGACAAUUAUUUUUAUUGGCGAAUAAAGUGAUGAUACUGGCGAAAAAUUUGGCGAAUGAAUUUUAGAGAGUGUUAUUUCGUAAAUCUGCUAAUAUUAAACUUGAAAUCGUCUCGUUAAACGCUUCUUUCGAUCGACUCGAUGGAGUUUCUAUUUUUAGUACAUUAAUUACUCUAGUCUCAAUCUUACAAGUCGCAAAUCAGUCAAUGUUACAAUAUUACGCAUUAAAACGACCGAAAGAUCGAGUCUGGAGACUAUAAAACACAGUUACGCCCCUUUUGUGUGGCACUGCGUUGUUUACAUUCGCUUCACUACAAGUUUUCUUUACUUACGCAGCAAAUAAAUAAAACGCACAUUAAUGACAACUAAUACUAGUAAACCCAAAAUAAGGAUAGAUUCCUUUUUCCUUCCUACGACUACUGUUAGUCCAGAAUCCACUUCCGUGAGUGAGCGUGUCAUCUCGGACGCAAGUCCUUCGUUGGCUUCAUCAACAUGUGGACAAAAAUUAGACCUUUAACCGAGACCGUCGAGCUAACCCUCAAUGACCUCAUGCUUAUAAAAAUGGAUGGACCGGACAUAAAUUUCAAAUCAGCGGUGUCUUAAAAAGAAUCGUCGUGUCUUUUCUGUUAUGACGAUGAAGUAAAUUAAAUCAUGUGACUGUGAAGUACGUCCUAUAAACAUUUUUUUGUUAUCUGCAUUCAUUCUCUCAAUAAUGUGAACUUUUGCAUGAACAAGGAGAUAAAAUAAUAUUCUUGUGUACUAUAUAUAGAGGAUAUUUGUCGUUUUAGAGUGAAUAACAUAUUUUAUUUCAUCGAGAAGCAAGAAAACUUAUAUUUUCACGAAUGCGUAGCAUGAGUGAAAACAUAAACGUUUUCUUGCUUAGAGAUGAAAUAAAAUAUGUUAUUCACGACAAAACGACAAAUGUUCUAUUUAUUUUAUGAUUUUACAAUCAUUUUAGGUAAAAACAACUAGCCAGUGGAAUAACACUUUUAUUUCACUGAUAAAACGCGAUAUUCCACUACUGAUCAUAAAAUAAAAGUACAUAUUAAACAUUUAUUUUGUCCGCGAUAUCACCUCGGUGGAAGCGGACGUAAAAUACAACAAACACACACACACAUUUAUUUUCAUUUUUAAUUAACAAACAUAUGAAUAAAAAUGAUAUAAAAUAUUUGGCUAAAACUUUCUGAAUUGGCUAAUAAAAUUUUGAAUUGGCUAAAAAUUUGGCUAAAGGUUUUAAGAGUCUAGGGCGGUCACUGACUGUCCGUCCGUCACAAUUUUAUCUGAUUUAAAAAAACAUGUAAAUAUAUCACUGUUUCACCCUAGUUCAUCCCGAUUUUCCGGCGUGGUUCCCCCUUGUCAGUGAUGCAGGACGGAGGGCCUGACAAGGACAGCUGUCUAGUCAUUCGGAUGAGACGAAAAACCGAGGCCCCGUGUACACAUUGGCGUGCACGUAAAAGAUCCCUUGAUGGUUGGAAUUCGAUAUAAGAGUAGGCCGUAGUGCCGCUGUCCGGGCAAAAUUUCCCUCAUAGCACACUGUAUGGCAUAUGCCCGUCUUCAUUAGCCCAGUUUGAAGCAAAACAGUAGGUCGUGAAACCCCAUUUCAUUUCAUUUCAUUUCAUUUCGUUUCACCCUAAUGAUGGUUGAGUUCGAAUUUCAUGAAAAUCCGACCAAAACUGCCGAACAAAAUGGCUGCCCCUCAUACGCAAGUUGUGUAAAAAUAUGGUAUAUCAAAGUUGUGAACCCUCCAGAAGCCACAAUUUUUAUCCGAUUUUGAUGAAACUUUAAAUUUAUGUUUAUAUCACAAAGAUCUUGGUUUCUUUCGAUAAUCGCACAUAUCCAAACGUAACUUUCUAGAUUAUGGCCCCUGAAUGUUCGAAAAAUCGCAGUUUUAACUUAUGGACCGGCAAGAAGUCACAAUUUGUAUUCAAUUUUAAAAACUGUUGAAAUAUAUCACCGUUACACAUCAAUGAAGGUUGAGUUCGAAUUUCGUAAAAUCUGACCGAAACUGCCAGACAAAAUGACCGCUCCUUGUAUGCAAAUAGUGUAAAAGUAUGUAAUACCAAGGUUUGAUGAAACUUGAAAUGUAUGUUUAUAAUCCAAAGACCUCAGUCCCUUUCCAUAGUUGCGCACUUCAGACCAUAACUUUCUGGAUCAUGAGAGAAUGAAUCCUAUCGAUAUUCAAGGUUCCACGACUCUUUGUUCCGGAGUUACGCCCCCCCCCCCCCUUAUGCCUAAAACCUACAGAUUUUAUUCAUGCAUUUAAGGCAUGAUGAAAGGAACCCUAUCAAUAUUCAGUGUUUUGCAACUUAUUCCCCCGUUGCCAAAAAUCUUAUGAACACACUAGAGGCUAUAUUUUUUAAAGUUACAAUUUCAUAUUUUCUAAGAAAGUCAAAACAUAAUUAUUUCUAUGUCCUUUGCUCAAUAGGUUGUCAACUCACUAUUAUACGAUCAUAGGUGUCAUUCUCACACUUAAAACUCAUUUAUACCGGAAAUAAUAACACAAUUACCUCCCUUGUUUUCUAUCCUCCACCAUGAGGUAGCUAUCCUCAAACGUUUGAAUUUGAAGAGGAAAAUGAUAUUUUUGCCAAUUUCUCAACUGGCAAUAGUGAAUUAUAGGAUUAAUAGGAUUAUUCUUUAACAAGGUAGGACUGUCUAUAGACACCAUCUAUUUUAAGGCUUUAUUUUAAUAAAUUUUAAAAAUAUAACGUAAAAAUAUGAAAUUGCAACUUAAACAUAUUUCUAUCAAAUUUGGCGGGAAACAUUGGGGUCAUGAAAUAUUAAGUGUUCUGCGACUUUCCGUUCCAAAGUCAUGACAAGAUAAGGAGUCCUAUUUCGUCAAAUGAGUUAUGCCCAUUUUUAUAUGCUCACAAUUUAACUUUGAAAAUUCUUGUGGACGCUCUAAAGGCUAAAGUUCAUAUCCAAUUGAUUUUAAAUUUAUACACAGUGUUUAAGGUCAUGUGAUAAAGAGGCCUAUUGAUUUUUAACGAAUUCUGAUAAGUACCGCCCGAGUUAUGGGCCUUGGCCUCUCUGAAAAAUUUUGUGGGCGCUUUAGAAGCUAAUGGCAAAUAUCUGAUUGAUUUUAAAUUGAUACACAGUGUUUAAGUUCAUGAUACGAAGAAGCAUAUUGAUUUUCAACGAUUUCCGAUAAUUACUACCCGAGUUAUGGCCCUUGAUCACUUUGAAAUAUCUUGUGGACGCUCUAGAGGCUAAAGUUAAAAUCCGAUUGACUUCAGAUUUAUACACGGUGUUUAAGGUCGUGAGACGAAGAAGCUGAGAGUUAUGGCCCUUGAAAUUAAACAUUUUGUAUACUAGUUAGUAUAGGGCAGAAAUGGAAGCCAAACAAAUUCUAAUAUUUUCUGAUAAUUACUAAAUGGGGGAUUUUGUAAGAUUAGAUAAAGAGCUAACAGUUCUCGCAAUAAUAGUUACAAAAUAGAUAAUGAAAAGGGAAUAUGUUGAAAAUUUCUGUCUGAGCCUGGUUAUCGUAGUUAGACAAAAAAUGUAGCCUGUGCUGUAUCACAAGGUCUGUCAUUGAGUCAACUGGCGUGGUUUCAAUUCCCCGGUUGUAUGUGGCAAGUAGUAUGGUCGCCUGUCCAACCUCGUGGGUUUUCUCCGGGUCCUCCCAUUACUAAAGACCGCUAUACGCAAUUACACCAUAAUUACGGUUGAAUUCGAAUUUCGUGAAAAUCAUACCAAAACUGCCGCACAAAAUGGCCGCUUCCGUAUGCAAAUAGUGGAAAGUAUGUAAUACCAAGGCUGUGGUCUCUCUAUAAAGGUCAAAAUUUUAAGGCGAUGUUAAAAAUAUAUCACCUUUACACUAUGACAGUUGGGUUUGAAUUUUGUGAAAAAUCAGACUGAAACUUGCUGUCAAAAUGGCCGUUCCCCAUCCGCAAAUAGUGUAAAUGCAUCUAUUACUAAGGAUUUGGACCCUCUUGAGGUCACAAUUUGUAUCCAAUUUUUAUACGCCCACAUUGAAAUGUGGUCAUAUUGUCGAAGCCUAUUGAUUUUCAGCGAUUUCCGAUAAUUACUUAUCAUGUGGAUGCUCUAGACGCUAAUGUUAAUAUCCAAUUCACUUUAAAUUUAUACGCAGUGUUGGAGGUCACGAGACGAAGAAUCCUAUUGAUUUUCAGCGAUUUCCGAUAAUUACUGCCAAAGUUAUGGCCCUUGAUCACUUUGAAAAAUCUUGUGAUGCUCUAGAGGCUAAAGUUAAUAUCCGAUUGACUUCAAAUUUAUACGCAGUGUUUGAGGUCACGAAUGAAGAAUCCUAUUGAUUUUUAACGAUUUCCGAUAAUUACUGCCAAAGUUAUGGCCCAUGAUCACUUUGAAAAUUCUUGUGAUGCUCUAGAGGCUAAAGUUAUUAUCCGAUUGACUUCAGAUUGAUACACAGAGUUUAAGGUCUUGAGACGAACAAGUAUAUUGAUUUUCAAUGAAUUUUGAUAACUUGAACAGCUAAAUCCAUGAUAUUAAAUGUUUCGUAUACUAAAUGUUAGCAUAGGGCAGAACUUUAUAAAAACCGAACAAAUUCUAAUGAUUUUCUGAUAAUUACUCAAUGAGUUGUUACUCUUAAUCAGAUUUUAAUGUAUUAUAAAUGUUUCAUUACCGGAAAAAGUAAAAAUAUGCGACAACUCUUGUUGACUGCCCAAACGAUUUUGCUGCUGUGGGCGUAUGUUUCGUUGCCUGGCAACCUCUCUUGAUGAAACUUAACAUGUAGGUUUAUAUCCCAAAGGUCUUUGUUCCUUUUGAUAUUGAAUCAUGUCGGACCGUAACAUACUGGAUUAUGGUCCCUUGUAUACUUUUUAUACACCCACAUGGAAAUGUGGCCGUAGAUUGUCGUUGCCUCAGUCCAUCCGUCGUCCACAAUUUCUUGUGAACACUUUACAGACUACAUUCAUAAUCUGAAUGUUUUGAAAUGGAUAUAUGUCGUUUACAUCAGUGAGAUGAAGAAUCCUAUUUAAUUUCAGUAGUUUCACUUUGUGAAUGCUCUAACGGGGGGUGGGGGGGUGGAUGGCUGAAUGGUUAUCUUGUGUGCGCUGCAUCAUAAGGUUUGUCAUUGAGUCAACUGCCGUGAUGGUUUCUAUUCCCCAGUUGUACAUGACAAGUAGUUGGGUUGCCUGUCCAACCUUGUGGGUUUUCUCCGGGUUCUCCGGUUUCCUCCCACUGCUAAAGACCCCUAAGCGCAAGCAAAUUAUUGAAAUAAAAUUAAACCAUAUGUUAGUCCCGAAAUGACCUAGUUUGUGUCGAGUGACGUUAAACCCCAACUCUCUUGAAUUUCUGUUAAUUGCGACUAGAACCUUGUGACAAAAGUUAUCAUCCGAUCUGUAUGAAAUUUAUGUGCAUUAUUUGGAUUAGUGAAUCGAAGAAGCCUUUUGAAUUUCAACAAUUUCUGUUCAUUACUUCUAGAGUUAUGGCCCUUUCUGUUCUUUGUUUUCAAUUGUUACGAUGAAUAACAACGACAACAAUUUAUAAUAACUACUUAUAGAGUUAUUUACCUUAAUUAUGUCAUAGAAUCUUCUCAUCACGCCAUUGAUAUUAUACAGUAUUGUAUGAAGAGUAUGCUUUUUAUUUACUUAAAGAUUCAUUGUGCGAUUAAAUGUAUGGAGUACUCAGACUACCUAGCUGCUGACGGUAUAUGUGUUGUUGCCUGGCAACCUAUUUUUUCCUUGCAUGGUAAAAAUCUGAUUUCAGUGUGUCUUUUUCUGUUUCAAGCCAGUCUAAAGUUAUUUCCCUUCUUUUUUUUAAAAUCUCUACACAAGAAGAAUCAAUUUUAAAAUAAUUAUGGCGGUUGACUAUCAAAUAGGGAUUCCUUCAAUGAAUAAUAUGCAUUCGCCACCACUUCUAACAUCAGUUUUGGCUCAUCCCUAAACUACAUUAUGCAUUUUGCCAGAAGAAACAUUUUUACCGCCAAGCAAUAUGUAGUAUAAUAUUUGGUUACUUUUUGAAAAGAACGAAUGUUAUUUAUUUAAUUUUCAAUUUAUUAUAAUUUUAAUGAAAUACCUCAUUAUGUUUGUAUAAUGACUUCCAUUCCAUCAGUGUUUAAAUGGGAGAGAUAUUUUAUGGUACUGUUUGUUUCCCAUAAUUAUUAUACAGUUGAUCUGAUAUUGAAUAAAGGGUUGAAAGCU